UUCUCUUCAAUGACUACAUAUCUUUGCGACACGAGUAGCGUUUAAACAACGAGAUGCAGCCGUGAUUUUACACGAUGAAGUGCUCAAAUUGUGGAGACACGCGUUUGCAACCUGGAUUCCGUUUCUGCCCAGGUUGUGGUUCUAAUCAAGAGCAUAGUCCGAAAAAUGACCCACGAAAGGAGCAAAACAUCGUACCAGCUGUUACGAGCGAGCACCCGAAAGGCGAUGGAACAGGGGGAAAACAUGACACUGGUACAGGUAACGAACAAGUCAAAGGUGAAAGUCUGCAACAGAAUGGGACAAAUACAAAUAUAACACAAGAGAAGUCCUCUUUCCACCAACUACUAGAACCGAUGCAGGUGCCCAAAAAUGACCUCAGUACUUCCCCUGUUCAAUGGGAAGAAGCUGCAGCUCAAGAAAGCCUGAGGACAUCAUCAAAAAGUGAUCAUUUAUCAGAAGGGACUCUAACCACCACUGAUCCAGAUAACAAGGACUUUGGAGGGGAUGAAGAACUAGCAACCGAAGCAGGUUCUGCAGCAGUUACUAACACACCUGGAAGGGCCAAAACAGGUGAAAGACAAAGAGAGGACAUUGCCUUGAAGACUGCUGGAACAAGGAGUGGAAAACUGUAUCAAGAGAGUAAGAGUAAAACACAUACAGAUAGCGCCUCAACCCAACGAAGAGGUGAAGGAAAGAAUAAAGGUGGAAAUAUUGACACAGCUAGUAACCCACACUUUACGUCAACACCGUCAACCAGUUUUAAGCAAGUAGAACCAGAAGCUGGGAUUACUGUAGUGUUCCAUGUUCUAUUAGCGUCUAACUUUAAAAUGGAAGGGGAAUACCUGCACAUACGAGCCAAUGGAGACGACUUAGGAAACUUUAACUUAAACUGCGUUGACCUGGAAUUUGUAGGGAAUGCCAAACGAAAAGACCAGAAGGAGCUUAUGCGUUUCAAGGGUCAAUUUACUCUAAGUAUCAAUCUAGCCCGGAAAGGAACCUUUUACAAAUACGCAGUCAUUAACAAAGGAGAUGUUCGCUAUGAAUGUCUGACUGAGUUUCAACCAAAACGCGGAGCAAUAGUCUAUCGCUUUCUUCGCAUUCCAGAAGAGUAUCUUAAACCUGGAGAGGUAUGGCACCAAUUUGAUGGAGUGAGCUACAUUUACAAGGAGAAGAGCUGGUGGGAAAAUUUUUACGAUUAUUUUCGUAGGGAAGAAACGGUGGAAAAUCGCACAGCAGCUAUGCAUGCAUACCUGCCAAAGUGGAAAGGUUUUCUUGCUAGUGGGGCUGGACAUGAAAUGAAUGCAACAGAGGCGUUUGUGGAGCUAAGGAAAGUUGCUGACGGUCUGACAAACACUUGGAUUAAGGAGGGUGGCUUUACUCCUGAAAAGAUGCAUCCGGCUUACUUCAAUAUAAACACGGUUUUGAUGGACGUCUUGGAACCUAAGUUGAAGGAAAACGCUGAUAUAUUGUCCCAGAGUGAAAUGAAUUUGAAAACCAGAGCUUCAGCAUUGGUUUCGUCUCUGGCAAUUGUGAUACUUGUCGAGAAAUACAAACUAAACCUUCCAAGGGAACACAUACUCACACUUUUAGGUUGUUUGUCGCUUCAAGCAGAUCCUACAGAGAAAAAAUGUACCAUAUACGAAGUCGUUCUGGAAGAGUUUAGUGAGGGCCUAAGAAAAUUUGCUGCUGAUGGAAUUGAGGAACUUUGCAAUAAUAUCUUUGAGCGCGCACGGAAGCCAGUUGAAGAGGAUUGGCUGUUUGCUAUGCCACUACUCCAUUUCUUGAGAGGAGAUUCAAAGCCAUUCGAAGAGCCUGAUGUUGAAGGAUCUUACCACAGAUCAGAGUGGUUUGGAGCGCAGAAUCUGAACAUUGAAGAAUUUCGAAGAUCAGCAACAGAAAUGAAUUUUCCGGAUCUCUAUCUUCGACUAACGCCAUCCUUUGAAGUUGACCCUCUGCUUAAGAGAACCUUCCUUUACGCCAUUCCUGUUUGGGAACUAGACAAGAUUGUUGUGUCAGAAGAAUUCAGCAUUUGUGAUGUUUGCAUUGCCCUAGUUACAUCCCGUUCCCGUAAUUUUGUGCAUCCUUACAAGCGGAAGGAAGUUAUGGGGCUCAUAAAACAAAUGUGUUCUCAGCUAGAAGUGGCCCAGGAAUCAACUUGCACCAACUUGAAGACUCUUGGGUUUACAGUUUUAAUGUGUACACGGUUGUUGGAAACUUGUCUUCAAGAACUAACCAUUUGGGAUAACCUGGAUUGCAUUUGCCAAGUGAUAAGGCUGCUACUUGCAAGCAUCUGCAGACGGAGACGAGAAGUUGAUGAGAGUGUGGAUCAGGAGAGAAGGGAUAAAAACGAGAACGACGCCAUCAAGGCGCUAAUAGCGAGCCUCAGAGAAAGGUUUAGAAUUGAUCUUUCUCCCUAUAUGUCCUAUGCUUACCGACGCGAUGCUCUAGCAAAUGAACUCGUGGUAUGGAGUGAGUUACUUUUGGUUACAGAUGAAAAUCAAGGCUUCACCGCUUAUCGGGAAUUCUUGAUUGAGGAAUUGUCCAUUCGAGCUAGACAGUUGAAGGAAAAUUACCUCGUUGAAAUCUUUUGUGAAGUGAAUAUGAGCGCUUUUGAAAAAGGUGUUGGAGAGGUGUUCACCAACCUUGCAGUUGAUGCCGUGGAAAGGAUUAUUGACUCUGCAAAUUUAGGGGUGGACGAGGGAGUAUUUAACGUGAUGAGAAAUAAUUGUAAUCAACCUGAUACACACUCCAAAGCAGGAAAAUAUGGCGAGCUUUUGUCGAUGUUGCUCACAAAGAACUGGCCAAAGGAAGGACAACAGACACACACGUCUUCUUUAGAUCCUCAGACUGUUAAAUUUCUUCUGACCUGGAAACCUAUGACUAAAUACCUCAAAUUCUUUGGAGAUGAGUCUGGAAGAGGUGGAAUACUUUCGCCUACAGGCCAGGAAAAGUUGUUUCAGGCUAAGUUGUUACUGGACGCUCUUGUAAGAAUUAUGUCAGAUGGCUCAGUAACAGUCGAAGUUUUACUUCUUGUCCAGGAGCAUAAAGCAACGUUUUUAGAACUUUUGAAGACAACAUCCGGUGUAGAAGAGAAUGAUGCUGAGCUUAGCUUGGUCCAGCGAAUUGAAGAAAUUGAGGAAUUUCACACAGUACGGGAAAAAGUUGAAAGAUUUAUUGCAUUGUGUGAUGUGGUCCCGCCUGUCGACUUGGGCAACCUUAGGAGUAGAGUGCAUCUGGAUGCUACAUCAUACCAGAUUCGUGAUUUGUGCAAACACUUAGACGACAACAAAAUCGAGAUCACGUUAUUCCAAUUAACCCCACCUGAAAAGGAGGUUCUCCCGAUCCUUGGAAGAGUUGGAGAGAGUUUAACGUUCCAAGCCCUUUGGAAGGAGUAUGGGCUCAAAGCCCAAAGUGAUAGAAACAAUGACAAGGCGCAAAAACAACACCUCAGUCUUUCCGAUGUCGUUGAAAAUGUUUGUAAACCAGCUUUUAAAAGUUGGACCAAGAAUGUUGCUGGUGUCAAAGAUGGAACAAUUUCUCUUGGAGAUGUUGACAAGCUCUUUGACGACUAUAGAAACCGCAAAAGUGAACUCGAGGGAGAGUUAUCCUGCAUGUUUAAAGUGAACAAAGGUCAAACAACCACAAACGUCAAAGAAUUAAAUAAAACUGUCAGAGAGCGAGUUGCUCAAAUUCAACGUUACCAACAGCUUUAUCAGUACUCCAAUGCAGCAGACACCAUCUGGGAGUUUAAAGAGGCAAUGGGUUUUACCGGGAACUUCAAAGUUGUUGAAGAUCUGCGUGAUCAGCUAUCAGUAGAAUUUAAGCAAAAGUCCUUGCACAGCAUUGGGGAAAACUAUGCAAAGGCCAGUCAAGCUCUUCAAUGUUUGGAUUUCAAUAAGGCUCAGUGCCUCAAAGCGGUGGUGGACAGUAAACGGCUGGUGGAGUGGUUACGUUCUACUAUCAAAUCCACCCAAGAGCUUAAGGUUCUUGUUGACUUGGCCUUGAUCUCUGCUGGUGAAAACGACAUGGAAACUGAACGCAUAUCCAGUCUACAUACCAGCUGCCUAGGUUUUACUCCACUGAUAUUUGACCUCAAAGAGAGUGAAGAAGAAAGAGUGAAUUUUGAUCAACUGAUGAACGCCUGUGAUUCUGUGUGGAAAUCAGUUGAAACAGAUCAGACGUUGCCCAAAAAGCUGUGCGACACUAACAGACAUCUGGAGUGGCUAAAAACUGUCCAAGAGUCUCAUGGCUCGGUUGCUAUGACGUCAUUAGUGCAGGUUAAGACGAUCAAUUCCAGUGGUGUAUACCUUGUGGGCCAUUUGGAUAGCAGUAAAGAUCCAUCUGCAAAACAAGGAAAACGAUUGUCAUACAAAGAUGUGAUCCGACUGACGGUUCCCUUUAAAGAUGGAAGUGAAAAGGAACAAAGAAAAACGUAUUCUAUUGACGAACUAAGGGAUUUGCAGAGUAAACUAAUUUUGAUCGCAGGGAAGGCUGAAAAAAGGAAGGAUGACGUGGAGCAGUUCGUUAGGAAUUUUGAAGGUGUCAUGCGUCUAGCAACUGCAUACAUCGACCUCUUUGAAUCUGGUUACGUUCAUCGUAUGAAUUGGAGCCAAGAAUAUCACUGUAGCAAAGAUCAAGUCGAAGGCGAGUCUAUCAAGAAGGAAUUGGAUAAUGAAAGAUCGGUCAUCGAAAAGUGUUACAAGAACUGGAAGAAGAAGGUCAGUGAUGCAAGGAAGGAGUAUAGAGAAUUGAAUUUCUUUACCACGCAGCAGUUGAUGACACUGAGGAAAGAAAUCGCCACAGUUUGCCACAGCAACGACCUUGCUAUGAAAAACAUCCAAGUGCUCACUUUGCUGGAAAGUGUUUGUCCUUGUUUGACCAGCACACAGUUAAAAUUAGCAAUAGAGCGUGCUUUUAAGGACACAAAAAUACUGGAGAACCCCAGAGGAACAGCGGAGCUGUCUUCAUUCGCUCACGUUCCUUCAGACGACGGAAUGGUGACUCGCAGGUCAGUGUUUGACAACAGCAAUUACUUGGGCACGAGUUCCUCAACAGCAACGAGUACGUGUCAAGUACAAACUUCAAUUGUCAAGAAACCGAAGCCAAAGGAAACAUCAAAGAUUCAAAUUUUCUUGAAUGCAGCUGCCGAUGAUGGUUAUUCGGAGCAGAUCGCUUUGGCUGCUUUGGCGAGUCUAGGUGUUGAUGCAGAAAAAGACGACUUACUGUUGUGGUGUCUAGAAGAAGCCGACGAGGCUGACAUCGAGGCUCUUUACGAAGAUGCGAAGAAAAAUCCUAUGAUUACCCGAGAACUCUUCCUAGAGAAGGUGGAGUCUAUUAGUCAGGAUAUGCCAGCCGCUGUUACAGAGGAGGCGGUUAGCAAAGACGAAGAUAAUGAAACAGAGAUCAGUCAAUAUCUUACACUCACUCAGCUUGGAAACAUCCUAAGAGAACUUUCAGCUCCAGUAAUUGGAGGGACAGCUCGCACCUUUCCAGCAUUCUUAAAAAGAGGAUGUCCCAACCUUAUGAUUGUUCCUAGAGAUGACAUCCUUGCUACAGUCCUAGCCCUUUAUAUGCAUGACGAAAAGCAGCCUUUGCCAAGCCAUGAAGAGGUGCUCCUUUGCACUCCUGAUACCACCACAGAAGAGAUCGAGUUGCUGUGGAGACGUGCAAUAGGGGACAUGGAGGGUCGAUUUUAUUGUCUCGUACACGCAGAUGUGUUGGAUUUUUCAGUCAGUAAGCAAGUAGUGGAAAUGCUUAGUGUAGUGACACGGGGACUUGCUGGCAAGGCUCGAGAAGAUUGUGGCCUGGUGGUAAUCUGCAGUAGCGAGAAUGAAGAUCGUGCCAACAUAAUUGCAGCUCUUGAUCAGUAUCGUGUUGCUGCUCCACCCUGUCCUUCGCCAGGUGACCUGAAAAGCUACCUCAAGCAUAAGUUCCAAGCACCUCUUUCUCAAUACGGAUACAUCAGUGGUAGUAAGAUUACUUGGACAACGGCUGGAUCCUUAGACCCAGAAAAACUCUCCGUUCGAGUUGUCUCAUCACACCGUGGAGGUUUGGGAAAGACUCUGUUUGUUCGUCGCUUAGCAGAACAGCUGCCUAAGCUCGUAAACAACGACAUGGUUAUGAAAAAUUUGCGAAGACAAGACUCAAAAACAUUCUUGCACGUGACCAUACCUCUUCAUGGGAAUUCCACAGACUCGUCGAUGCUUGUUGAUGCGCUUCUUCCGCAUGCAGUGAAGGCAGAUGUACCGCUGUCCCGUAUAUUCCAUCUGGACGUAUCGCCUUCGAUGAGACGGGGCUUGGACACCCUUAUUUUCAACCUCCUUGUCCUCGGCUACCUUUGUGACAAGAUGGGGAGAGUGUGGAGGAGACGAAGCACAGACUUGUACAUCUUUGAGAUUACGACGGCUGCUCCCCUACCCAUGGGUUUCACUAGGGAGGAAGAAGCUCAAAGUCAAGGGAGACAAUCUGGAAAAUCCACAAUGUCUAAGCGGCCAUUUUAUGACCUGCUACCAACUAUUCAGUGUCAAACUCCAAAAACUGUUCUCUGCCGUUUAGAGGAUACUCCAGAUAAACAGGACUGUAAUCCACUGUUUGACGUCAAAGAGUUUCGAAACACACCGUUCCAGAGGGUUUAUCAAUAUCUCAAACUGUUAAAUGAAGGAAAGAGUCUUGACAAUUUUACGUUUUCGCCAGGAAAUGUUGAUGAAGAUCUAAUGACAUGCCUUAUGCUCCUUCUAAGGAAUUGCGGUAUUCCUGAUCCCUCUUGGUCAGAGAUUCGUCAUUUUGUGAGUUUCUUGAACUCGCAGCUCCGAGACUGUGAACAGAGUUGUUAUUGUAACAUGCAGCUAAUGGGGGCUGUUUUAGAAGGACUCAACGUGCCGAAUCUUGAAGGCUUCCGCUCUUUUGUUGUGCGCUUUAUGAUACAAAUGUCAAGGGAUUUUGCUACUCCAUCUUUGACGGAAGAGAGCACUGUAUUCUAUACAGAGGAUAACGCAGAGCUUGAACGACAAGAGAUCGAACAGUUUCAACCUAGAAGACGCUGGGAAAGCAGUCCUCAUCCAUACCUUUUCUUCAACCAAGACCACAUAACUCUGACGUUUCUUGGUUUCUUCGUCAAUUUUGCUGGUGAUGUUGUUGACCGAGAAACAAGUCAAACUCUGGAGAAAGGUUUAAUGUCCAGGCAAUUACGAGAUGGUCUGCGGGCCCAAGGUGUCCAUUUUGCAACAAACAUGGAGACCUCCAAAAAGGAGGGCAAGAUAAAUCAGUUAUGUUCUGUGAUGGGGGUAAACUGGUUGUACGAUCCAGACAGAGCCUAUGAAUUAACUACAGACAAUGUCAAGAAGAUUCUGGCUAUUCAUAUGAGAUUCAGAUGCAACAUUCCUGUGAUCGUGAUGGGUGAGACUGGUUGUGGUAAGACCCGUCUCAUUCGAUACAUGUGCGGCCUACAAGCAGGGCCUAAAGGACCCCGAAACAUGCUUCUCCUUAAGGUUCAUGGUGGCACAACAUACGAAGACAUCAAACUCAAAGUUCACCAAGCAGAAGAAAUGGCCCUUACAAAUCAAGAAAAGAACAUUGACACGGUUUUGUUCUUUGAUGAAGCCAACACUACUGAGGCACUGACCAUGAUUAAGGAAGUUAUGGUGGACCGAAGAAUCAAUGGUCGGCCUAUUGGACAAGGGCUAGAAAGGCUGCAGUUUAUUGCUGCCUGUAAUCCUUAUAGAAGGCACAGAGACGAGAUGAUUCACAAGCUGGAGUCAGCUGGUCUUGGAUAUCACGUUAAAACAGAUGAAUCAGAAGAUCGUUUGGGUAAUAUCCCAUUACGUCAUCUCGUCUACCGUGUACACGCCCUCCCAGGGAGCAUGCGCCCGUUGGUAUGGGAUUUUGGUCAACUGAAAGCAGAUGAAGAAAGACUGUAUACUAACCAAAUUGUCAGCCGUUACAUUCUUGACAAAGGACAACUAAAAGGAAACUCUUCGACGGUAGAAGCAGUUGCUGAGGUUCUGGCAGCCUCGCAAAAAUAUAUGAGAGAUCAAUCGGAUGAGUGCAGCUUUGUUAGUCUUCGUGAUGUGGAGAGAGCCAUGCAAGUGAUGGACUGGUUCUAUAAGCACGUGCAUACACUCGGUAGACUUAUGAAAGAGGUGACCGCUAAGCAACGAAGGGAGGAUUCAAUCACUCCUCUCACCCGUGCCCUGGUACUCGCCAUUGGUGUCUGUUAUCAUGCCAAACUUCAGGAGCGGCGGGAAGAAUAUCGCACCGUCGUGGCACGCAGCUUUAAGGCGCCAUGUUUUCUUCCAGGUGGUCACAAGCAGAUACACCGUGAGAUUUUAAGUUGUCAAAAAGCUGUGCUAAAGGAGUUGGAACUCGGCCCCAACAUUGCUCGCAACGCAGCCUUGAGCGAAAAUGUUUUUAUGAUGGUGGUGUGCAUUGAGCUCAGGAUUCCAUUGUUUGUGGUUGGGAAACCGGGCAGCUCAAAAUCUUUGGCUAAGAAUGUUGUUGCUGAUAACAUGCAAGGUUAUGCUGCAAGAUCGUCACUAUUCAAGACCUUUAAGCAGGUUCACAUGGCAUCAUAUCAGUGCAGUCCUCUUUCAACCCCUGAGGGUAUCGUGGCGACUUUCAAGCAGUGUAGCAAGUUACAGGAAGGAACAAAUCCAGACAAGUUUGUUUCGGUUGUAGUCCUUGAUGAGGUUGGUCUGGCGGAAGACUCUCCUCUCAUGCCUCUUAAAACUUUACAUCCAUUACUCGAGGAUGGUGUAACAAGUGCAGAUGACGUCAUCGAAACUGACGAGAAACCGCAGCGCGUGGCUUUCAUUGGAAUCUCAAAUUGGGCCUUGGAUCCCGCCAAAAUGAACCGUGGAAUCAUGCUGUCGCGUGGGGUUCCAAGCGAGGAAGAACUUAUAGACAGUGCUAUGGGAAUUUGCUCCACGGAUGAAGUGGUGAAAGCUCUUAUUCUGCCUCUCAUAUCUCCACUGGCCGCUGGAUAUGCACAACUUUACAGGGAACAGAAACAUUUUGCAACGUUAAAAAAAUGUGGCAAAGAAGAAUUUUUCGGUCUUCGUGACUUUUACAGCCUCAUUAAGAUGGUGUACGCAAUCGCUGCAAAAUCUCAACAGAGACCUCGCUGGCAUGAACUAGAACACGCUAUCAAGAGGAACUUUGGUGGCCUGAUUGAAGGAGACCCUGUAGAGAUAUUCAAACGCUACUAUACCGAAAAAGAUGAUGACUACGUAGCCGAAACCACAACAAUAAGAUUGAUCGAGGCAAGUCUUGGAAGGGAAGACGUAGCAGAUAGAGCCAAUUUCAGUGAAAACCGUUACCUUCUGAUUCUGACUGAAAACUACGCCGCCCUACCCAUCAUGCAGCAGCAUCUUUUGAGAACAGCGGAUAAUGCAGUUGUCAUCUUUGGAAGUAGUUUUCCAAAUGACCAGGAAUACACUCAGAUUUGUCGCAACAUCAAUCGCAUCAAGGUUUGUAUGGAGACAGGAAGAACAGUGAUCUUAUUGAACCUUGAAAGUCUCUACGAGAGUCUAUACGACGCCCUAAAUCAGUAUUAUGUGUACUUUGGAGGACAGAAGUAUGUGGAUCUUGGGCUUGGUACUCACCGCGUCAAAUGUCGUGUUGAUGAUGGCUUCAAAUUAAUCGUGAUUGCUGAAAAGGAAGUGGUGUACAACAACUUUCCUAUUCCGUUGAUCAACCGCCUGGAGAAACACUUCCUUGUGACCUUAACAAGUUUGACUACUGACCAGAAGGACUUAGUACAGAAAAUGGGGACCUGGGCUGGUGAAUUUGCUGAGGUUUCGAGUGAAGGCAGACGUGGCAGGGACUUCUCCAUCGGAGACGCUUUUGUUGGAUUUCACGAGGAUACCAUUCCCUCAAUUGUCAUGCAAGUCUGCAAUGAAAUUGGAGGAGAAGACCACUCAUCGGCAAGUUACGACACAGGAGAUACAUGGGAAAUGAAAGUACUUCGAAGAUCUCAGAUGAUGCUUUUAGAGAUGGCUACACCAGAUGCAAUUGCUCGCCUUCCUCACACUGCUUUGGAAAGAGGAGCCCCUGAUAUCUGGAGGGCCUACUUUAAAAAGCAACAGCACUCAAGUUUGGCGACGUUCAUGUCGCACGUGCUCAAUUUGGAGGAUAGACGUUUUGAUGAAAAGCGACAGGAGGGGCUCUUGAUUCAAAUUACUACUCAUUCACGUCUGCUUUCUAAAAACGAUUUGGAAGACAUAUGCAAUCAAACUGGCUUUGAACGAGCGACUGUGGAUUCCAUAACACUUCAACAGUUUCAAACGGAACAACAGUUUAGGGCUUCAGUUAGAACAUUUAUUGAAGACCUUGGUGGAGAAUGUCGUGGUAUUCUUCUGGUUCAGUGUGAUUCAGGAGAAGAAAACUUCAACCUGAUUGCGGGUGCAAGACACAUUCUGAUGGAAGAACGAACAAACGCGUCUGAAAUGCUCAACUUGUCUUCGUUGGAAGCUGUCCAUAUUGUGCUGAUCACACAGCUGCCAAGAAUUGCUGGUGGAUGUUGUAACUUUGUCGGUUUCCAGGGUGGAAAAUGGAUGUCCGUUCACAUAGAUGAACUUCGUCCACCCGGUAGGCACACUCCUUCCAUCGAGCAACUCAUCGAUCGUCCCAUUAGUGAGCUUUUUAAUGGAGACCCCACUGAGGAAGAUGAAUCCAUGCCAGCGGUGACGGUGGCAGUGAAGCUCCUUCGUAAUUGUGUACAAGCGGCUGCUUGUAGGGUUGAUAGCGAAACGGAAUCAGCUGAACGGUCAACUCAUAGGAUUGAGCUGCUUUUGGAUUUACUACCUGAUGACUAUCAAACUCAAGAGGAUGAAGAGUCGUUUGCAAGCGUUGCGGUACAAAGAACAUACCACCUCUUAAAGGAAAGGGAGCAAACAGCGGGAAAUCCACAAAGGUGGCUCCAAUCAGAAGCUCUGUCAGGAACAGGGGUGCAAGAGUGGGGCACCUUCAGAAAGGCUCUUCUGCAGCGAGUGUUCUCAGUUGUGGUUCCUAUUUUGGCUGAGAUCAUUGCAUUGGCAGACAGAGACGGCAAUUUAGAUUUGUUGAAGAAUGACAACACGUGGGUUCCGAGGCUGUGGCUGAAGAUCUUGGCCGACCGUAACAUCUCAGAGCUGAGUUACAGUGACAUGAUAUCACCCGCUACUAAUGCUGUCCGAGAACGUGUUCAAGUUAUUGGCUCUGGGGCCGGUGGUCAUCAUUUUUCUCGCCGAUUUCCAUUUUCUUUUAUUAUCAAGCAACGCGUGGAAAAAUUGUUAAAAGAUGCAUCUAGCGUCGAAGCUCAUUCUAGCACCACUCUGUUAGACUCUCUUCGUGAACUGAUUGGUAACUCGCAGUUGGGGCCCCCACUCGCUGAAUUGCGCCGUUUGCACUCCGCGGAACUGCAGUAUCUGAUGGAUUUUGUUCACAUGGUGUACAAGCCUUUCAGCGAUAUGGAGCACGAGCUUGUUUACGAAGCGAUUCUUUCGUCAGCGAGAGAAAUUGUUAUCCUGGAAGAUGAGGAUGGUAACGAGUCCAUUGAUAUAGCACUCGUUCAUGUUGCGCAUAGUAGAGUUCAACACCGUUUGAAGUGUUUUGAUACAGUCGUGAAAGCGAAUCCUCAUCUGGUACCAAGACUACGGAAAGCUCUUCAAGGAAACGAGUCAGAAGUGCUUUUGGAUGUCAUAGCAUUGAACAUUUGUCUUGAGACACUGGAGCCUUCACAAGAGAUGUUACUUUCUCCGGAGACACGACGAACAUGGUGUGACAGAGUUUUGUCUAUAAGGCCAGCAGUGGAAGACAUGAUAAGGAAAGAGAGGUUUGGACCUGUCACGGAGAAAUGUUCAAACUUUGGAGAGAGAUCAACAGUAAUGCUUGGUCACUGCAGAUCCAUGUGGCAGCGAACAGGAGCUGUUCGACUCUUUGUGGAGCACGUGACUUUGUUCGCCGAGAAAGAUGAUGAUGACAAUUCCGAGAGCGUUAUCAGGUUGUGGAAGGUUUUGGGAGAUGAAACUGACUUUUCAUCGCUGAGAUCGCUGCAGACCAUCGAAAAAUUCUUGAUUAACUACAGUGAAGACAUCAAGCAGAGGACAAAUGAAGAGACCGCCUCUGAGUUACGUCGCCGAUGUAAUGCCUUUUUCAUGGAGCUGGUGUCAGUAUUCUGUUUUGGUGACUCAGUGUCAAAGGACCUUGAAAAGGAAGCUAUCACUCUACUUAUGCGUUAUGUUAUCGGUCAUCAGUCAACUCAGACCAAGGAUUUCUCUCCAUUCCCUGAUUAUGCUAUUGAUCCCACUCCUGUAGUGCGUUCUUUUCUUCUCCAGCAGCUAUUGCGGUCAAGUGUGAAGUUGACAAAGUUGGUGAAAGACCAUUUGGGAAAUUUCUUGCAUGGGGCUCGGAGCUUAAAACCAGAAUCUUCGCACGUCAAAGAAGUCUGCAUCUUAUGCGUCCAGUGUAUGGAGGACAUCCUUAUCAGCCGUUAUCAAGCAAAAAUGGCCGAUUUGAAGAUAACAUUAAAGCUCAAACAUGCUAAAAAGACUUGCGAGGAGUCGUUUACAGCUCUUAAGGCCAGUGACGAAGAUUCUGCUGAAAUUAGCGCUCUCUCUCUGGAUUGGGUUGCUAAAGGACGUUACGUCUUAUCAUUGGUGGUAGAGUACAUUUACAAUUUUUUCAUUGAGGGAGAUAGCAGCUACAAAGACCUUGACGCCAAGAGAGAAGUGAUGUUAUUAUUAGAGUCUGCAAGGAAGCUUUGCAUGGAAGUGUCGAGUUCCACACCACAGCAAGUGUCGAGUUCCACACCGUGGCUCUACCUGCUUAAUCAGCUUGUCAGGCGGUAUGGCUUGGACUGUGUCCGAACUCUGGGUGAAUAUGAGGAACUAGCGUGGAUUCUACCUCCAGAGGCCAUACAGCAGGAGGAGGAUGUAAUCCAAGACAGGUUUAUUGUUCAUGGAGACCAUUAUCGUGCCGUCCGUGAGGGGCUGGCCAAAACUGUCAUCACUGGGAACAUCCAAGACAUUGUCACUGCCAUUACGGAAACAAGAUUACAAGAUGUCUAUAAAAAUGUAAUUCUCCUCCUGGUGAUAUACCGUGAAAUAACGAUGGCAAAUAUUUCUCCAGUUCAGACUCAGAAUUUGUCUCAGGAGGUGAGAGUAAAGCUUGACGAUUUCGUAAGAAAUGGAGGACACCUGAAUGAAACGGUGCAACAUUUGGCCAAGGCACUUCUUGAAAACAAACAAGGUGGAAAUCUCAGGGAACUUCAAAUCUACAAUGGAAAGAGUCCGCAGGAGCACACCAUGGCCGAAAUUGUGAUCCAUACAGUAGCAGCUUUGCAGUGCGUUGGUGCAGCAUCUUUGGCUCAGCCCCUUUAUACUCUCCUGACUGAUCCAUCGACUAUGAAGAAUUCUUUCUUACCAACAAUGCCCGAGGAUAACUAUGUCGAGUGCAUGAAGGCCAUGGCUGAUACUUUGAAACACACUAAAUGGGUUGGAGAGUGGUAUGAGUGUGUCAAUUGCAGAUAUUUAUAUUUCAUCGGGGAGUGUAAAGUACCAAUGGAGCAGGGCACUUGUCCAGAUUGUGGAAAAUUAUUGGGAGGGAAGGAGCACAAGUUCUUUGGAGAAUACAGAGUUUCCGAGAAGAAAGACAGGACCAAAGCUGGCCAUGUACUCGGAGAACCUAGCUCGAGACUUACGAACGCAGAACCUCAAAGAGACAUGCCGCCGAUAGUGUGCAGUUUGCUGAGGAUUAUCGUGCACUCGGCCAUGGUCAUGGGAGCAUCCAGAAAUCCACAGGCAACCGCACAGCUGAUCACACCUUCAUGCUCGUCGCAGUCUGUGGGACAGUUUUUAUGGCAGCACUUGCAGAGAGACCUGGAUGUUCUUAGUAGAGCACUCAGGUGCAGUGUUGAUGACGCAGCUCUGACAGUUCAUCUAGCAUUACAGCAGAUGAUCUCGCUAAAUGGGGGAAAAACUGGAAAUGACCAUGACAUGCUUCUUCAAACUCAGGAAAGUCGCCGCAGCUGGGAGAAAGCUUUUUGCUCUGAUAUUCUUGUUCCUGUCAUCACCCAUCUUGACGAGAAUCUCCAAAACGCCUCAAGACUUUUGAUGGGAGACGGGAGAUUUGGAAAGGAUCCGCUGGUACGUCAACUUUACGAGUUCGAUGAACAGAUUAAAGACUUAUCUCAGGGCGUUAGGCCCAUGUCUCGCGCUCUUUGGAAGUACAGACACCGUAUAACUGUUGAGCAACUGAGUAGCUCUUUUCAAAGAGAAGUCCUUUCUGGUGGCGGAGGGAAAUUCAAAGUGUUGGACGCUUUCCUCAAACAGGAACACAAGUUGCGUUUCGUUCAGUUUCUACCCGAUGUUGUUCGCCUCCAGCGUCUAUUAAUGGACAGAUUCCACCGAAGAAUUGACAGAACAGAUGCUGAGAAUUAUACCGUCCCUGAAUUUCUCAAGGACCUUCCCAAAGGAUCUGUGAAAGAGGAGUAUACGAACCUGUUCCAGAGUUUCAGGAAUGCAUGGAAUGCUUGCAAGUCAUUUCUCGGUGAUCAAGGUCGCCUGCGCGUUCCACAAGACCUUUGUAAUACCACAAUCGACAACAACUUUCCAAUCGCAAUGGUUCUCCCCAGCACCACCGGGAUGGGAGUUUGUUCGACCUCACUCACCUUCUUCCUGGUUAAUGCAAAUAACGAGUGUCUGGGAGCCUACCGUAGUGCAACUAAUCAAGAUAGUCCCUUGGAGCGUGUCUCCGUAUCAGAGGUGACCUUGUCGCACUUAAUAGCCUAUGAUCCUGAAAGAGACCUGCUGCCCCUCAUCCUGGCUCAUUGUAACUACUCUCUGGAGGUGGGACAGGAGACCUUAGUUCACUAUGAUUGGGCGGCUCUGGAGAGACAGCUGAUAGACAGGUUGUUGUGGGGAAGGCCUUUUGUCGAGUUCAAGGAGGAACGUUUUGCGUUCAGCCGAGACACCCGAGAUGACGCAGUUUUCACUUCCCUAGCUGGAAAAAUUCCUCAGGAAUCAAUUUCCCGCGUAGUCGAAAGUCAGAUUAUUAAUGAUCUGCGGUCUUCCUUGUCUGAUGUCUGUGAUGUUAUAUCGUCACUGGAUAUUGCCAUUGGUUUUCUUGCCUCAUCGGGUGGCCAGCCGGAGAGGCCUUUAAAAUGGUACUUACAUGAGGUACUUAAGCUACCCAAAGAUCGAGGUCUCAAGAGUGCAACGGCAGAGCAGCAUUGCAGUUUGUCCCAUACCCUGGCAUUGUGGCGGCUUAUGGCUCUCGAGAGAGCAAAAAUCAAGUCCAGGAACAAACAGGAGCCUUUUGAGCAAUUAUCCGACGUUUUCAAGGAAGAACUUGGCUCAAGAGAAAAGGCCAACCUGAAUCGCGAGUUGCGAAAAAUCGAUAUGGACAUAUUUCUGCCGCAGCUACUGCAGAUUAUUCUUCUAAAUGUGAAAAAAGAUGGCGAAACGAUUUCGACGAUGAUCUUUGAAGAUUACCUUGAAUGUUGUUUAGCCGACAAAGGCUUGGAACCAAUCCCAGGAACAGAGAACAUUCCGGACUGCGUCAAAAUGGCGCACCUAAAGGACGUUUGGAACUCCGCUGUCCAGCUAAAUGACGACUUCCACAAAGAUCGUCAAGCAUUUCCAUCUUCUCCUUAAUUUGAAAAUGUUGGCAUGUAGUAAAUACUGCCAUUUUUGUGGCUACUUUAAGGUAUUUCGUUGUUGUAGUUAAUGAAUAGGGCCAGCCAGUUUGUUUUGCCACGUAUAUUUACCUUUGAUUUAUUUAGAAUUUUAGAAGAAAUUCUUCUCGAUGUCUCCCUCUGCAAAAAUAGUAGAAAAAGCAAGAGCUUUUAUGUAUAAGAAAAGUAAAGCGG